ACAGCAGAGCGCGACAGCAGAGGAGAGAAACACCAAUACAACUUGUCAUCUGACCAUUACAGUCACUGCUCUCGUCGCUGUGUGUGUUGUUGUUGUUUUUUGUACACACAGUUUUGUUGUUUUGACGGAGGUCUGUGUUUUGCAACUAUUUUUGGGGGUCUUUUUUCUUCUUUUUUUUUUUUUUGAUUGCCGGACGAUUAACUCGGGAUAUUAUUCUACAAGUUUUAAUUGUAACAUUUUCCUGUCCGUGCUUGUUUGCGGGUUUCGUUGUCAUUUUUGACGUGUUUUUAUUUUUAUUUUUUAUUAUGGACAGUAUUCUUUCUCAGAUAGUCUUGAGUGUCCCUCCCACACGGGUCCUCUGAGAAUAACAGCUCCAUCUACUGAAGAAUUUUAACAACAUUCAACUGCAAUGGAAUAUUUCGAUGAAAAUAUUCCUGCAAGGAAAUAAGGAACAACUGCACAACCCCAAGUGAAAGUCAUUCAGCAUACUCGUCCUAUUGGUAGGCUCUCCGGUCACAGUUUGCCACGCCCCUUCCAGUGCCCCCAGUAGGCCUGUCUUUUCUACGACCCCAUCUGGCCCAGGAUGUCCAGGCAGCUCUCCCAGCUUCCGAACCCCGACCUCCCAGCUGGCACAAGCCCACAGUUUGGAAGUUGCACCCAGCCUGCAGGCUCCCUCACAGGGGGGCAACUCACCUCUAUGGCGGGUCUUAAAUCCCUCCUGCAGCACCCCAUGAAGGGAGACCAGCGUUUAAAAGCCCCAUGUGAUGCAAAAGACAAAGAGAGGCUGGACGUUGAUGAGGACUCCAUUGGAGUGGGCCCCAUGAGGAAUGGCAGUGGAGUAGGCAUCAGUACUAACAGUAAUGGCUGUGGAGGAGGAGGAGGAGGAGGAGGAGGAGGAGGAGGAGGUGGUGGUAGUAGUGGUGGUGGUGGUGGAGGAAAUGGAAGUGGAAAUGGAGGAGGAGGAACUUUCAACCAGUUCUUGGGGCCCCUCUUGUGGGAUCGCACCCUGCCUGCAGACGGGGGCCUCUUCCAGCUUCAGUAUAUGGACUUGGAGGAGUUUCUGACCGAGAAUGGAAUGGGCAGCAUGCAUAAUAACAACAGCUCCAGUUCAGCCCAGAUCCCCUCGCAGAGCUCCCAGUCAGCUGUGCCCAACCAGAGCUCCCAGUGCCUACCGCCCUCGUCCCCACCGGGCUCUUCAUCUUCAUCGCCUUCCUCCUCUUCGUCCCCGUCGCUCAUCGGUUUGGAGGUGGCUCAGCCGCAGAGCCUCGGAGGCGGGAAUGACUGUGUGCAUGGGAGUCAGACCAGCAUGAACGACUCCUGUGAGUCGCCCUCAUCUUCCUCCUCGUCCUCCUGUCCACCUCUGCUGACGCCCACGGACAGUGGCCCAGACGGGGUCGGCAUGUACGACAUGGAUUCUUCGGACAUGGAUAUGUCUGGCCAGCCGAACUACGACCCCAGGAGGCACUCCUUCAGCGAAGAGGAGCUCAAGCCACAGCCGAUGAUCAAGAAGGCCCGCAAGAUCCUGGUUCCUGAGGGCUUGAAGGAUGAGAAGUACUGGACCAGGAGGUAUAAAAACAAUGAAGCAGCAAAGCGUUCCCGAGAUGCUCGCCGUCUCAAGGAGAACCAAAUUUCCGUGCGAGCCGCCUACCUGGAGAGAGAGAACGCCGCCCUCCGACAGGAAGUGGCCGAGAUCCGGAAGGAACUGGGCCGCUGUCGCAACAUCCUUAGUAAAUACGAGAACCGUCUCGCUGACCAGUGAUGAAGACGUGGCGCGAAAUCAGGAAAAGGAGGAAUAUAUAAGCUGGAUUAAAUUUAAGACUCUGAAUUCUUUGGGUGGCACGAUGGACAGAAAUGGGGUCAAGAAAAUGGUGAUGAUGAUGAUGAUGAUUAUGAUGAUGAAUGUAAAAGACAAGGGGAAGAUUUGCAUAUUGAAGCUCAGGUGUCUUGUUUUGUUGAGGUGUCAGCUCUUAAAAGUGAAAGAUGGAGAGAAUAAUUUAACAGAUGAAAUGAUGUGACUUUUAAGAGUUUUGUUAUUGGAGAAUUGUAUAUUUUUAUAAUACUUAAGAAAAAUUAGAGGGAGAGCAAAUUUGGAGAAUAAUUUUGUAUAUUUUCUACAUAGAGACGGGAGAAGGCUAUGGUAAAUAUCUUUUUAUUAUAGAUGAGUCCGGAGAUGUUUAAACAGGUGGUCAGCCAUCGAUGGGUAUUUUUCGACUUGAUUAUUAUAGUCAGGAUGCAGCAGCAGGGGGCGAGGACGCAUGUAACAAUUGUAAUAUAGAGAGCAAAAAUUAUCUUAUAAUCGUAUAGUUCAACAUUUUUGUGGAUUUUAUUCAAGCACUUAAUUUUCUUCCUGUUUUGUUUCUGUCACUGGGGAUGGGCAUGCUAGAGGGAGACAAAAGGAGAGACCAGAGGAGACACCAUGUAAACAGUCAAGUGCGUUCUGUUUUAAAUGAACAACUAAAUCCUCUUUUUUUUUUUUAUUAACUUGAGUUUCUCAACAAUAUUAUUUCUAGCGUACUUUGAGCUCAACUUUAUGCGAUUGGUACAUCUUUUAAGAGUCCAUACUUUUAUCUUUGACUCCAUCUAUUUUUCUCUAUCCCAGUUGAGUGCUUUAAAUCUACUCUGGUAUCUCACCUCAGCUGGUUGAAAGCCUGUUGUGAUGCCCCGGGCAACUCUGCUCCCUCUUGAUCCUCUCUUUUUGAAUUGUUGGGACGUUUCUCUUCCUCUGUUUCUAUAUCCAACUGCUCUAUUUCUAUCCGCUCUCACUUACAGCCAAUCCCCUCACAGUUAUGCGCAAAACUCUUCCCAUGACAUUUUGUCCCCAUGUCUCUCUUGUACCUCGGCGGUACAAAGAGUAGUUAAAUCUCAGUGUUGUACUGUAUUCUAAAAUAGUAAUCAAUCUUCCCAGUAAAACGCACAUCGUUACUUUACUGUACUUUAUGAACACACUUUGAUUAGCAUUAUUAUGGGGGGAGAAAUGUUGUAUAUUGGAUAGGCCUAUAUUAUUUUGUGUAUUUGAUGUAUUCCAGGAGAUGGGUUCAAUACCCCCGUUGAAUGGAAUGGUGUUAAUAUCUCAGAUUUCUGGGAGAAAUAAAAGCCAAAAUUUCCUAUAUUGAUCCACAAAGCUUGUUGCUAUUUAGUGCUUUUUUUCCAAUACUGCUCCUUCCUUACUGUUUACUCCUUUUAUUACUCUUUACUUUUUACUGUAUCUAUAAAACUCUCUGUGUAUCCACAACACCCAACAUGGAGCAUGGUACACUAUGUUAUGCUCCUGGGGAGGGAUGACUAGUGAUAGAGUGUGAUUUUAAUCUCCUUAAUGACCAUGAUGAAUAGUUACCAUUACUGGUAUUAUUAUUAUUGUUAUGAUUAUGAUGAUUAUCCCUCUUGUUGUUGCUGUUCUAUAUUAUUGAAUGAAUUUCUUUCUUUGGAUGAACGUGAUCUUGAAACAUCUUUUAUCUUAAUUGUUCCUCAGAAAGACUAUUCAAAUGAAAAGAAACUAAACCCUCAAUCUGCUAUUUGCAUCCUGUCUCAGCCCUCCAGACAUUACUCACUUCUACUACGGACACUACUGCCACCGUGGUUUCUUUGACCGUGGAUCCCACAAGCGUGGCUGUAUAACUUGAACAUGAUAUUCAUGCAGACUUACUUUACCUUUCGUGAUGACCUCUUCGGUUCCCCAGCGGUGUACGGACUAUGCACACUAUCAAUAUGCUCCUUGUUGGUUUUAUUUCAGCCUUUAUCACCUCAAUCAGUGAUUGUUUGCUCUCCCAACAGGAUUUAGUCUCUAAUAUCCUCACAGAUGUGGUUGGUAAAUCUUUUAGUGACUCUUAAUUGAACUACAACUGCCCUGCUGCAUCAGUGGUGUCCAUGGUGUCCAGCCUACUUUGUGCUGGUUAUUUGGAUGUAGUCAAGAUUUUUCCAAAAACACCAAUAAAAGAUUGUUCUCAUUCACUACUGCUUUGCUUGGCUCUGCUGUUUCAUCACAAUUUUAUUGUUUUCCGUGGUUCUGAAUGCUUUUUUAAAGCCCUGUGUACCUAGAUGUGUUGACCGAGAGAAUAGGCAACAGAGGUCACAUUUCAGGAAUAGUACUUAAUUUAUCAACUUGAGCCUGAUAAACUGGCUAUAAUAUGUGGUGAAAUGUCCCCAGACUUGUUUUGAUAUACUCCCUGUUUGUUCACAUUGUGUACAUUCCUUUGAUAGAUGAAGCAGUCCAAAUGUGCGUUCUUGCCCAACUAAUGCAGCAUCACUUCCCUUGAAGAUUACAUCUCUACUUGCAAAU